AAUAAGAGAAAGCGCGCAGACGGAGUGAACUGUUCUGAUUGGCUGUGAUUUGUGUUUGAUUAUGUCGCGUCGUGCAGCUGUUUCAGGUUCACUCUGGACAGACAAAUGGCUUGUCACUGUAACCCUGUCGUGUCGCACCUGGUUAGGAAAGGGAUUUAGGAUUAGAAUUUAGAAAAGACCAUUAGCUCAAUAUAAAAACAAUAGAAGUCAAUGGAAAGUCCUCACCGAACCAAACGUCUGUGUCUUUGUCAGAUAGAAACAAAGAGAGCAAGACAGAGAGGGGGAAUCAUAUUUCAUAUUCAAUUUCAAAUCCACGCCUUCUGCCUCUAUAUACCAAUUACGCGGCUUAACUGAAUGUAUAACAUUCAUAUGUGAGUUUAUGCACCUUGCAGGCAAAGUUUCAAGGGAACUGCCACCCACCAGAUCUCCGAGGAGUGAGUAGCGGCAGGAGUAGAAGAGAAGAAAGGACGUUCACGUUUGCCUCAUCUCCACACUACUUUAGUGAAGGUGGAAGAAGCUGAUGGACGUGAUGUUUAAUGCAGACAACUGUUCGCUAACCUGCACGGCCAGUUAGAAUGGUCCGGCUUUGUCGAGGAGACGGAGGAACAUUACAUGUGUUGCCCUGCGUAAGGAAGCAGUGUGAAAGAAGAAGAGAUUUCUAUUGCGCUUAUAGUUCAACGCAUCUGUAGAAUCGCACAUAUCGGUCAAGUCAUGUCUUUUGAAUUCCGAAUACUGAUGUUUGGGAUCGGGACUGCCCUGGUUAUAUUUGUGAUUAUAGCUGAUAUAUCGGAAGUGGAGGAAGAAAUCGCGAACAUUGAGGAUUCACAGAAGUUUCACUUAAAAAGCUUUGUCCUUCAUUCCAACAGAAAUUCAGUCCUGAAUGCUGUUCCUACUUCACUAGUCACGUAUAGAAAGAGCAAAGUCUCUUCUCCAAUUCCACUGCCAGGCAUAAAGAGCAAAACCAGCAAUUCAUCCUCACCAGAAUGGACUUUCAACAGAACUUUGUCUAACCUCAUCAGGAAAAACAUUUUGAGGUUCCUGGAUGCUGAGAGGGACAUCUCAAUUCUUAAGAGAACCUUUAAGCCCGGGGAUGUAAUUCAUUAUAUAUUUGACCGCCAGAGCACCACAAACAUCUCUGAAAACCUGUACCACCUUUUGCCAACGGUGUCUCCCAUGAAGAACCAGCAUUACAAACAAUGUGCCAUUGUAGGGAACUCUGGGAUACUACUGAAUAGCAGCUGCGGCAGAGAGAUUGAUUCACAUGACUUUGUCAUUAGGUGUAACCUGGCUCCAGUGGAGGAGUAUGCGACUGAUGUGGGCCUGCGCACCAGUCUGGUGACUAUGAACCCUUCUGUGGUGCAGCGUGCUUUUCAGGACCUGAACAGUGAGGAGUGGAUACAGCGCUUCGUCCACAGGCUGCAGAGCCUCAGCGGGAGUGUGCUAUGGAUCCCUGCCUUCAUGGCUAAAGGAGGAGAGGAGCGAGUGGAGUGGGUCAUCCGCCUAAUUCUUCUGCAUACCGUGAACGUCCGCACCGCCUUCCCCUCCCUGCGUCUGCUCCAUGCUGUCAGAGGAUACUGGUUGACUAAUCAUGUCCAGAUCAAAAGACCCACCACCGGACUCCUGAUGUACACCAUGGCUACACGCUUUUGUGAUGAGAUCCACUUGUACGGCUUCUGGCCUUUCGCUCACGAUCCUGACGGCAAACCAGUCAAGUACCACUACUACGACACGCUAACUUACCACUACACAUCCAGUGCCAGUCCACACACAAUGCCUUUGGAAUUUAGAACUUUAAGUGCUCUUCACAGACAGGGCGCGCUGCGGCUGCACACGGGACCGUGUAAGCUUCCAACAUGAGCGUUUGCAGCCUCGUUCCAAAUGGUUUCAUACACUGGACCUAUGAGAUGCUGUGGAAAAUAUAGAUUACCUGUAUAAUACAGGUAAAUCUCUGACCAAAUGUAAGAAUGCAAUAUAUGAACGGGGGAGUUUUUUUUUUUUUUUUUUUAAGUUUUCAACCUUAAGGUUGCCAUUGUUUUUGUUCAUAUCCCAUGUUUUUUUUAACAUGUUUCAUUAAGUGUCUUAUUUGUUCAGAUUUUAUGCCAUAUUUGGCCACAAGGUGGAAGCAUAUCUGAGGAUAAAAUGAGAGGCUCUUUUUGUCUUUAGUCUUAGCUUUUUGGGAAAAUUUGUGUAUUUAAAAAAAAAAAAAAAAUUGUCUAAAUUAAGAUUGUCAUUUAUUUGUUGCCUUUACGGUCUAUAUGUCUGUUGAGCCCACAGACAGCCUGACUGAAUGUAGGACUGUUGUCAGUUUUUACAUUUAACAUGAUACAAUUUAGACUUGGAAUGAACAUUUUGGGGUUUUACCACUAUGUUGCUACAUGUGUUCUUCUAGACGAUAUUUUGGACAAUAAUUUAGUGCCUCAAGUAGGAGAUGAUGUUAUGCUGCAUCAUGUGACACUUGAUAAAGUUGCCUUAGAAAGACAUAGUGAGUAGUUUUGUGACUAUUAGCAGGCGUUAAAACUUUUGAAUUAAUGUGCAGUAAUACUUGUGGAACAUGUGAACUGCAACCGUCUGAACACUCUGGUGUAGUUGAACAUGUUUGCACAGUGAGGCAGCUAUCAGAGCGUGUGCAGCCCCACGCUGAGAUACUGUAGUCAAAUCCAGUACACACCCAGCUGUUCACACACACUUGUGUACUCAAGGAUGGUUGACCGUAUAGGGAUGUUCAGUGUGUAAACUUUGGAAUUGGUUAAAGCCACAUAGUAGCGGUGUUUCUGUAUCCAAGGGUUUUGGGUGGUGGGGGAUUUCUUUUGUAUGUGACACGCAUUACAUGUUUAAGUGAAUGUAUUUGUGAUAACUUAUAAGUAAAGAACAUACUGCUGUACUCA